CGAACAGCACGACACGACACUCCCUCUCCCCCCAAUCAAUUGAUCCCGUCCCGCGAGAUCAAUUGGGUCACCGCCGGUCAGAGGCUCGAUUCGUCUUUUCGCACCUGUCACGAUGCUGUCACGCGCGGCCCGACCGGCUCUCCGAGCUGCAGCCUCAGCUCCUGCCCGCGCUGCCACCGCCGGCAACGCUGGCGCGGCUGGGUAUGCGACCCUCCGCGAGAUCGAGGGCCGCCUCAAGUCCAUCCGCAACAUCGAGAAGAUCACCAACACGAUGAAGAUUGUCGCCUCCACCAAGCUCACCCGCGCCCAGCGCAGCAUGACCGAGUCGCGCAAGUACGGCCAGACCUCCAACGAGGUCUUCGAGUCGGCCGAGACCACCACCGCCGAGGGCGAGGAGAAGAAGUCGCUCAUCAUCGUCUGCUCCUCCGACAAGGGCCUCUGCGGCGGUAUCCACUCUGGCAUGAGCCGCAGAAUCCGUGCUCUGUAUGCCAACGAGUCGCCUUUUGACCUCGUCAUCGUCGGCGAGAAGUGCAAGGCCCAGCUUCAGCGCACCAACAGCAAGAACAUCCAGCUCACCUUUGCCGGCGUCGGCAAGGACGUCCCUACCUUCGCCGAUGCCCAGGCCAUCGCCGACCAGAUCGUCAUGCUCCCCACUGAAUACACCGACGUCAAGAUCCUGUACAACAAGUUCAUCAACGCCCAGAGCUACGAGCCCACCUUCAUUGAGGCAUUUUCCGAGGAGGCUAUUGCCCAGUCUCCCAACAUCUCGUCGUUCGAGGUUGACGACGAAGUUCUGUCCAACCUCCGCGAGUACAGCCUGGCCAACUCCCUGUACUGGGCUCUUGCCGAGGGCCACGCCUGCGAGCAAUCUGCCCGACGAAACGCCAUGGACAACGCUUCCAAGAACGCCGGUGAGAUGAUUGGCAAGUACCAGAUUCUCUACAACCGUACCCGACAGGCCGUCAUUACCGGAGAGCUGGUUGAGAUCAUCACUGGUGCCACCGCCUCGGAGGACAUGUAAAUGGUGUGAGAAAAUCCAAGCCGGAGUUGAACGAUUCCCUUUGUACCAAAGCUAGAGGUUACCCGCAGUGGUUUCCGCAGUGUAUCAAAGCCUCCAAUAAAUUCCUUACAGUAGACUAUUCUACUUCAUUAUUUC